UUGAAUGAAAAUGUUCCCGUCACAAUCCCAAAUGUUUUUUCCGAACAAUUUUCAAAUUAUGAAGUAAAUUAAUUAAAAUAUGUAAAAAGGACACGUUUCCCAAAAAGUGAUGAAUUAUAAUAUCAUAUACAGGGCGUUUUACGUCUUGUUACAUGCAGUUUUUACAUUACUAGAGGCUACUUUUGCAGUUUUACAACGGUUUUGUGCUGCUUUUGUUGAUUUUAAUCACGAGUUUUGGGGCGCUCAAGAGGUGGAGUAUUUAAAAAAGCAAAUAGAAAAAGGCAACAAGAUCCCUAAGCAUCUGACUGUAUUGUUGGGAAAAGAAGAACAUUCUCACAAGGAUUUAGCCAAUUUAAUCAGCUGGUGUCUUAAACAUGAAAUUAUUUAUUUAAGCUUUUAUGAUAAUACAGGAAAUUUGAAGAAAAACCAAGAUAAAUUAGAAAAGCUGCUGGCACAAAGGAUUCAACCAGAAGACCAUAUAAUAUGGCACCCUAAUUUCACAUUUAAAAAUGGAUUUGUAGGAAGAAAAAUUCACAUAAAAGUAUUUUCAAAAGAAGAUGGAAAAGAUGAAGUAGCAAACCUCACAAGAAGUAUGUGUACGAAAUUGGCAGACCAACAAAUAUCAAUUAAUCUUAUAGAUGAACAGCUACAGAGGAGAUAUGAGUUCCCUGACCCUGAUUUGGCUUUAUAUUGUGGGCAAUUUUUAAUGUUUUGUGGUUAUCCACCUUGGCAAAUUAGGGUUACUGAAUUUCUUAGCAUAAAAACACACCAUAGAAUUAAAUAUAAAACCUUUUUAAAAAAGUUAUGUGUUUAUGGUAAAUGUGAACAGAGGCUAGGAAAGUGAGACUGCAUAUUUCUAGGUAGUUUAUAAACAAUUUCCAUGUAUAGGUAAUGAAUUCAUUUGGAUAUAGUUUGUCAGAUAAUAUUUUCUCACCACUUCCUUUGGAGGGAAUUACAAUAUUUUAUUUGUUCAGUUUGUGGGUGACAAAGAGUAAAAAUGUGGUUUUUAUGAACUAAUAAACCAAAAAAUAUUUUUAAUUUAUAUGUAAUAGAGUAUUUGCAUCUUAAUGUAUUUAGGCUUGUUUUGAAAUGGAUUUUGGCAAUUAAACUCCUCUUCUUGCAAUGCAAACCUGUUAAGCCAUCAAUUAAGUCACAAAAACUUAAUUGUUAGCACUUCACUUAAUACUUUGCAGAUAUUGUUACUUAGGUAAAUUUUUGUUACCAUAAGAGCUGGCAUUAGUAAUAUACGUAUACAUCUUACAAGUAAUUUUUGUUGAAUUUUCUGCAGAAUGUUAUAUCAGCCUAUAGUAAAAACUUUCAAAAUGACCUUGCUACUGAAAAUAUACAUCAAAAAUCAAAGUCAUUAAAUUUUUUAGGCUGGCUCUAAUGGUUGAUAUUGUUUAUAGAAGAAAUAAUUGUGAUCUCAGAAAUAAAAAUCCAUUAUUCUUCUAAAGGUUCUGUGUUUAAAAAUUGUAGCAAAAAAAUACACUUGUUUCAAAAUAUCUUUCAUUCAUUAGAUAUUAAGACCUGUUUUCUGUUAAAAAUUGCUUACAUUUUAGGGAUUAAUUUACAUUGUUAAUUAAUGUAAGAAUGUUUUUGCAUCUGUUUUAAACUACUGUGUAUAAACCCUAACAUAAGUGUUAAAAUGUGAGUGGCUUUAUUCUUUCUGUUUAUAUUUAUUUGCUGUUUAAAUAUUUUCUGAUAAAUUUUUUUCUGUACAUAUAUAUAUUUGAAUAUACCUUUAUUGGUUUUUAUUUA